AUGCCCAAAGGAGGUAGGAAGGGUGGCCACAAGGGUCGCAUGCGUACCUACACAAGUCCAGAGGAGAUCGACGCCCAGAUGAAGGCGGAGAAGGAGAGGAAGACGGAUGAGGAUGAGGGUGCAGCUCAGACUGACAUAACAGAGAAGCUACAGGCAUCGGGAUCAGAUGACAGUGAUGAUGAGGGUUCACAGAGAAAAAGAGUAGGUGUAGAGGGCUUGAUAGAAAUAGAGAACCCCAACAGAAUCGCUCAGAAGUCCAAGAAAGUGACGCACAUCGAGUUGGAUGAGCCCAAGCAAUUAUCGAGGAGAGAAAGAGAGGAAAUUGAGAAGCAGAAAGCAAAAGAGCGUUACAUGAAGAUGCAUUUAGCAGGGAAGACGGAUCAGGCCAAAGCUGAUCUCGCCCGCCUCGCCAUCAUCAAGAAACAGAGAGAGGAAGCGGCGAGAAAGAAAGAGGAAGAGAAAAAAGCAAGAGAGGCGAGAGAAGCAGCAGCAGCGGCAGCUAAAGGAUUAAACUCCCUUUCACUAAAAUGA